AAUCCUCCUUACUGCACCACCAGAGAUAACUAUGCCACAUACCUAUGGACCCCAAGAGAACUGUGUAGAGGGGGAAGUGAAAUACAAAUGUGAAGCAAGAUCAGUGAAAUAUGAAUCACUACCGCCAAAAUCAAAAGAAAUUACACUACAACUAACCGAAGCAGAGAGAUUUUUAUGUGUGUCUACGAUCUAUGGAAAUGCACAGCUUGGUGAAAUUGGUACUGCAGACUGUGAUGAAGACGAGAGGGGAGAAAAGACAGCAGUUUGUGGGGAAGAUACGAUAUUUAAAGAUAAACAAGACAACUGUGUCCUUGCAGUGAUUGCAGAUCUGCUUGAUCAAUCAGAGAACUUGGAUGAAGUAACAAUUCCUAUUUUCUUGGAGGACCUUAAAAAUGCGACUUCUGCAAAUAAUGAAAAGAUUGUUGAGUCUCCAGCAACCAUCAUUGCUAUGGUUAAGAUCUUUGAAAAUGUCGCCAAUGUAUCAUCAUCUUUGAAAAUCAAAAUAAGUGAUAAUUCAACAAGGAAUUUCCUAGAAAGUGCAGGCCUUCUAACAAUUGAUGACUCAAGGAAAUCCUGGACUUUUCUCAAUAUGAAUGACAAUAAUACAGAUGAGGGAUUAGGAAGAAACAGUUCCAGCUCUUCAUUCUUGAAUGUUUUUGAGAGGUUACCAGAUUUUAUAAGCAAUGAUUCAUUGGAAAUCAACACAAAUUUUAUUCUCCUGAACAAAACAGAACUUACAGAUCCUUUCAGAAGAGAAUUUAACUCCUCUGUGGAAAUAGAAUUACCCGAGGGGGGUGGAGAGAACAAACUAAUUACCAUCAUAGUUUUUGCUUCCAUGUACAAUGUGCUUCCUGGAAGAGAUGAACUCAACAACACAUCCAACCGUGUCCAUGGAAGGGUCGCUCUUGUUAGACCUGAAGUUAAAAUCUCAAAUAUUACAUUAAAUUUUGAAGUAAUAAAUUACACAAAUGAAACCAUAGAAAACCCCAAAUGUGUUUUUUGGGAUUUUGAUCUCUUUGACGGUCUUGGAGGAUGGAGUGACGACGGUUGCUCAUUAGUGUACUUUGAAAAUGAAACAGUCAGCUGCAACUGCAACCACACCACUUCCUUCUCCAUUCUCAUGUCACCAUACAGCCCACGAGACCUUGGUUUGGACAUCAUCACCUACAUUGGAGUUGGAAUUUCUAUGCUUUGCUUGGUCAUUUGUCUCAUCAUUGAAGCAAUCAUAUGGAGAAAAGUUAACAAGAACACAACAUCGUAUUUGCGCCAUGUCGCUAUUGUCAACAUCGCUUUGUCUCUCCUCAUUGCAAACAUUUGGUUCAUUAUUGGAGCAGCUAUUUCAGAUGUAACCAAGUCAAACAACCCAGCAUGCACAGCAGCUACCUUCUUUAUUCAUUUUUUCUACCUCUCCAUGUUCUUCUGGAUGUUAGCCAAAGGCCUGCUGUUGCUUUAUCGCACCCUUAGUGUGUUUGAUGGAGGACUGUCUAAAAUAUCUAUGCUGAUCAUUGGAUUCUCUUUGGGAUAUGGUGCACCACUGAUCAUUGCCACAAUAACUAUAGCUGCAACUGCUCCCUCAAAGGAAUACAUACGAGAUGAAAUCAUCUGUUGGCUCAACUGGGACGAGUCCAAAGCUCUGCUGGCCUUUGUGAUCCCUGCACUCAUGAUAGUGUGUAUAAACUUAAUCAUCCUGAUUGUGGUGUUAUACAAAAUACUGAGGAGAAGAGUAGGAGGAAAUGCAGCCCAAACAGGAGAAAAGCACGUUCUGGUGGUUGUAACCAGGUGUUUGGCUGUGCUAACACCGUUUUUUGGAAUAACUUGGGGUUUGGGAAUCGGAACCAUGGCUGAUCCUAAAAACAGGGGAAUCCAUAUUGCCUUUGCAUUCUUCAAUUCAUUACAGGGUUUCUUCAUUCUUGUGUUCGGAACACUGUGGGACAGUAAGGUGCGAUCAGCAAUGGCAGUACCGUCACUGACAUCAAACAGUAGAACAAGAAGCACAUCUGCUGGGACCUCCUCCAGUGGACUAACCAACUUUUUCCAAAGAUUUAAAAGAGGGACUAGAAGAGGGUACAAUGUGUCUUCCAACAGUUCAUCCAACACUUAGUACGUACAAAAAAGUCUGUCUGCUAAUA